UUUUUUACCACUCUUAAAUAGAAGAAACCCAUACAUUUAAAUGAUCGUCAUUGCCAAAGAAGAAUAUUAUGAGGUUUUGUGGCGUUAUUUUUGAUCGUUUGUGAUCACUGCACGUGUGUUCGCCAUCAAAAGCUAACGGCGAAAACUUGGCUGAAUUAGAAGGAACCUCUUCACUUCAAGGUGAGCUGAAAUAGUCCAGUUUCCUCUCGAUCGAUCGGGAAUUUGCAAAUUUUUCAGAUUUUCGCAGCUUGUCAUUUCUGACCUAGUCAAACGUUAUUUAUUAGAUGUUCCCUCAUUCGUUCAGUAGCAUUAUAUAUGUCAGGUAGUUUUACUUGCUAUUUGAUAUGAAUGUUCAAUUCGCCCUCAGGUUUCUUAGUUUCCCUUCCAGUGCAAUGACUUUCAAUGUGAUCCAUUUUUUAAUCGAUCAGAACCUACGUCGUCCAAAAUUUACACGAUCUAGUUGUUAUUUGCUCAUUAUGUAUUUUUUUUAAGUUAUUUCUUUGAAGCGGCACCUGAAGUUUCCUCAAUGGACGAUCUCACGCAAGAACAGCAAGAGAUUUUAGACAAACAAGAGAUUUCAGUGUAGAAAAAGCAGAAUUCAUGCUGAGAGAGAGCAUGAAUGUACGCAGGCAGAUGAAGCUUGACACUUUGGUGGAAACCUACAAAGUUCCAGAAGUAUUGUCAAAAUAUUAUCCAGGAGGGCACUUUGGUUUUGAUAGAGAGGGCACUCCAGUUUUCAUUGAUCCAAUUGGACAAAUUGACUUUAGAGGGUUGCUGGCUUCUGUAAAGAAAAAUGAAAUUAUCAGAUUCAAAGCUUACUUAGCUGAAUACACACUGUUCCUAUCCAGGCAACAAUCUUCCAAGCUUGGUAAACACAUUGAUCAGGUUGUGAUGGUGAUGGACAUGGAGGGACUUGGACUGAAACAUCUUUGGAGGCCAGGUGUGACGCUUUUCAAUAAAAUUACAGCAUUUUAUGAAGAUAACUACCCAGAAAUGAUGAAGAAUAUUCUUGUCAUUAAUGCACCUAGGAUAUUCCCAAUAGCAUAUGCUUUAGUAAAACCAUUUCUUAAUGAAGUGACAAGAAACAAAGUAAAAAUACUGGGAGUAGAUUGGAAAACUGAGCUUCUGGAGUAUAUUGAUGAAGACAAUCUGCCAGAAUAUUAUGGAGGCACCUGCAAAGAUCCUGAUGGAGAUCCAUUGUGCAGAUCAAAGAUAUGUUAUGGUGGUGACGUACCAGAAUCUUAUUACUGUAAAGAUUGUGACAAACCUGAUACCUGGACAGAUGAACAGAUGUAUGAAGUUGGAUGUGUCAAGCGAGGAACUGCUCUGAAACUAAGCUUUGAAGUUGAUGCACCAGGCAGUAUUCUAAGUUGGCAGUACAAGUCUGUGGACCAUGACAUUGGAUUUGGUGUCUUCUAUUCAGAAAAAGGCAGUAAACAUUCCAAAGAUUUGGAAGAAAAGAUUCCAACAGAGAGACGGAACUGUCACUUGGUUCAAGAGGAAGGUUCUCUUCUCUGUGAGAAACCAGGCAUUUAUAUUCUUCGUUUUGAUAAUUCAUACAGUUGGACACGAAACAAAAAGAUUUUCUACAAUGUGACAAUUGUCUAUCCGUUGAAAGAUUCAAACGGACAUGUGGAUGUAUCUUGAUUAACUCAGAAUUCCAAGAUUUAUCAUAAAACAUUGUAAAUCAGCAGUUUGUGGAAACAUUUUACGGACUGAGGUUCAACGGGCCGUGAAGAGUUGCUCAGUUUAUCGCUUUUACUCAAAGCUGUGAGACUCAGCAGAUAAAUACCACAGCUAUUUAUAUACUUUUAAAUUUUCCUUGGUUUAUGGUAUAGAAAAUGUUGUCGUUCAUCGUAAUUUUGUAGAUAAAUGAACGCUUAAUCGUUCGUCUCGUAAUGUAGAGUAAAACGUUGAUAUAUUUCCUAGGUUUAUCUAUGCAUGUAAAUAUUUAUUUAUUGAAUUAUUUAUUUGUUUCUCUACUUAUCUAUUUAUUUAAAUACCCUACCACUCGCUCCAUACUGGAUCAAAACUACGAAAGAAAAUUAAUGCUGACAUGAUUACCAUUUACGAAAUUUUAAACGAUCGGAAAAGUUCAACAAGAAUUCGUGCAUGUGAUCAAUUUUGAAAUUUUGGCAAAGAGGCAACGUCCAAUUUCCCGUAUUUGCGAACAAAGCCGGCCAAGUUGUGAUUCUGAGAGCAUUAAAAAAUUUCGAGUAGCUAAUAUACCUUGUACCAUUGGUGCGUGAUAUUUUCGUUUAUUUAAUUCUAGAAAAGGAUAACAAAUUUACAAAUGUGUAGUAUCGAGCAACUGUAUCAGUUGUUUAUAUUUAUUUAUCUAUUUAUUUAAGAAAUUUUUACCUUCUUUGAAUCAUAGAUUGUAGUGUAACUUUUAGAAAGUUAACUUUUAAUAAAAGUAGCUUUAAAAGUGAAUUUGAUGAGGCGG